AUGUUUGCGGCUGACUAUAGAACGUAUAUACCUGAUGAUUUACAGUUGGGUUCGAACUGUGUAUUAGAAACAUCAGCCGUCCAUUUCAAUAACAAAGUGCUCGUUCAGAUAAGGUUUAAUGGUGAACUCGAUCAAUGCCUCGAGGUCACGUCGAGGGGUUUACCUGCCAGCAGUUUCGAGGCGACCAAACUUUACGACGAAGUUUUUCAAAAUAGCUCUCAACAAAAAGAAGAAAAUAAAAACUACGAAUUUGACAAUGACGAUGAUAGUUUUACACUUGCAGAGGACUAUUUGUCCAAUUUUCAAAUUUCGACGAGAUUAGGUGAUUCGAAUGAUAUGAAGCUACCAAUAGUGUGCUCUCAGAUUGCAGAACUAUACUAUAAAGUUAUCUUUCCCUCCAAUGCAGACAAACUACGAGAUGUAGCUCCGACUCGAGACUUUGUCAUUUCGCUGAGUGGCAAGUUCUUCAGGAAGAGCUCAACGGAUAACGACUUUCGGAUACUCCUGCACAUACUGCAGGCCAUCAGAAGCAUGUACACUUGA